AGCGCAGAAGUUACUUUGCUUUGUUAAUGCCAUUCGCUGCGCAUCAGGUUUCCCGACCGACACUGCGCAUACUCCAGCGCGUAGACAAACUUUUGGGUGAGAUAUGCAUACUAUGACAGCACAAGGAAGGGCCGAAGGCUCUCUGACGUAUCCUGCUGUGCUGUGGCUUCGCAGAUCCCCCGGAACUGCCCCAAGCCCUCCGCCCAUAGUGUCGCUGCGGAGGCGAGAGCUUCCUCCGUCGGAGUCCACGGACGACUCAUUCAUGAAGGACCUGAAGCGCCGCCUCAGUCUCAAGGCUCGGUUCAGUGACGACCUCUGCGGAUUAACGCCGGUGAUGCGUUCGGCGUCCGCCGAACCAAUACGUGUCGCGGCUGGUGCCGUUCAGUGCGACGCCGCUCAAGGCACUCCAGCAGAAGGUGGUCCACAGAAGGCGGAGGCUGUCGCCAAGGCGCAGCGGGACGCCGAACCGGCGACUACUGGAGUGACAUUCGGCACCAGUGUCCCUGUUCACGGGUUCACCGUGUCAACGAAACCAGCGAAAAGGCAGAUUGCGGAAAUCGAGCACCGGGAUGAAGGACCGGAGAAGGCGAUAGAAAAGGCUGCGGCAACUGACAAUACCUCGCAGUUGGGGCGGGAACGUCGCACCGAAAAAAGCCAGCCUCCAUUGCAGUUGGCCGAUAAAAGAGCCUACUUCAGCACAAUGCCGGACAGAAGCUCGUUGAACGCGGGCGCGCACAGCGCGAAGAGGAGGCGCGCAUCCUCGCCACCUGUUUUGAAAAGUUCCCGCAGUGAGGGCAGAACAGAGCCAAACAAGACGAAAACAGUCUUGCUUCCACCCGCUGCACAAGCCGAUAAGGCCGAGGGCAACGUGACUCGGCAAAGUCGGGUACCAGUCACAGUUGUCGCUGCCAGCACGAAUUUCGAGAAAAAGGGAAACGAAGUACAAUUGCAGUGUCCGGUACCGAACACUGCUAGCGUGCAGACAGAGUUGGAUGCCGCACAACAACUUUCAGAAAACAGCAACAUCGACAAGCGUCCCGCGCAGCCUGUUCCCAAGGGUACGAAUGCUUGUAUGAGCUCACCGGAAAUCGCUGACUGUAAGACACCUAGUCAGAAAGAAAGGCUGAAAGACGAGCUUGUCGAUGCUGGCGCGGGAAAAUUGCAGCAGAAGCAAAGUGACCACCUCAAUAUCGAAGAAGUCGGCGAAUUGGCUCGCCUACUUUCUAGACUGAUAAGAAAACACGAAUACUUAGAGCAUACUUCUUCAGCCGAAGACAACGCGAACAGCGCUCCCAAGCGGCCGCUCAACCGCAAGCGGGACAGGGCGAAACGUUCUCGCAGCGCCUACGGUACGAUGGAAAAGGGCUGCAAGGCCACAGAACCCACCGAAGAGAGUUCUGUAGGAAGCUCCCUUCAACAUUUCGCUGAAGUCAUCAUCGGCAAAGUUAAUCAGCAGUCAGUAACUCAGAAAUCGGGUUUGCCAGUUCAGCCUGACGUCUGCACGGCGGAACUUUCGCAGGAACCGACCCCUAAGCAAAAACUGCUUAGCGUGGAGGAAUUUGUGCGCAAGACAGCACAGCCGGAGGCACCAGAGCUGAUAGAGGCAGUGUCUGGUAAAAAUCUUGAUAAGAUGAAGAAAAAUACAUCCUUAGAGGUUGACCGGCCUUCUCUGAACCAGACCACAGAAAGCACCCUCAGUAAAAUGAAGUCACAAGAAGAGAUCACGCCUACAAAGCAGUCGUCGCUGCAGACUACAGUCAGAGAAAGCAGCGCUGACGAUGCAAAGUACGGCACUGACAGGAUAGGCGGGAGAACACCAAAGCCGAUACCAGUCAGCGUGCCUCAAGAUUAUCGCGGCUGGGUCACUAUAGGGGCCGCUUACGCUGCACAAAGACCGCCCAAGGGUGGGACAUCUUUAGGGCUGACCGAACUGGUCGGAAAUACCAGCGGAGCGAGUGACAUUUCGAUGACGUUCUCGGAUGGCGGUGGUAUCCAAAGCGUACUCCGAAAGAAGCCCUCGGUGUCGUCCACUCCGUCAGAGACUACACCAUCGCUUUCAGCGCAAAAGCCGUACCAGGAGUACAUGGCGAAGCAGCUUCAGCCUCCAGUGCACUUUGCCGACAGACCAUUUGCGGAAGUUCUCGCCAGCAUGGAGAGCGAGAUAACCAGCAUGUUCAAAGAUGACGUGACAACUGGCGUUCAGGGCCCCGAAAGAGGGCUGGACAAGUCGUCUCCAAGCAAGUCGUCUCCGCAAAGCUCGACCCAGUCGACCAUGAAUGAUGAGAAGCUCGAUGAAGCAGCCCUCGCGAGUUCGUCAAAAGGAGCCUCCGAAACGGACUCCAGUAGAGCCGUCGCCAGCGGAGACGUAGCCGAGACAUCGGGCCGCGUCGCAUCCACUGCAGCCCCGCCAGUCGGUAAGAUCCCGGUUUCGUCCAAGGCAGUGACGCCGACGACUUCGAUCGAGAGCGACGAGGCGUCCAAGGAGGCUCCUAGGGCGCUGCUCACCUUCUGCGACUCGGACGAGGGCUCGGUGCCACCGUCCGAGUCCAUGUCGCUUUCGUUCAUCUCCUCCAACUCCAGCUGCAACGCGGUGCACCGCCUAACCGAUCUGGCCGACCUUCCAAGGCUGCAGCACAGUGCGGCGGCGGCGACUCACGAGACGGGUGACGGCGGUGUCGUGCUAGGCAUGCCGCUACCCAGGCUGACGUCCUCGUCGGCGGCGCAGACGGAGAGCUCGCGGCAACCCGCGUCAUCGUUGACGGAGUGCGGCGCUCAGGCUCUGCUACUGACGGAGCCAGCGGGUCGUUCUGGCUGGCCUCAGCUCAGGAAGGCUCGGAGACGCGACGUCGGUCACCGUAUGUCUACGGACCGUCCAUGGACGGAGGACGUCAAGAAGGUUGUAAUGCUGGGCAACAAGCACUACCUGCGUCAGCAUGCGGGGCGCCGUCCCAUGGCCAAGUCGGCGACCACUUUUGACGAGACGCAGUGCGUGCUCUUCAAGAUCGAGGACCAUGUGCAGCCCGAUACGACGGCUUCACCAGUGGCCCGCAAUGCUCCGCACAGCAUGAGCAUGUCUGGCGAGCUGACUCGGGAAAGCUGCGAGUCCACACUGGAGCUGUUGCUCCGGCAGAGCACCUUUUCCUCGGGAAGGGACGCCGACACGCUGGCGUCUGACGAUAAUUUCGAGCAGCCGCUCAGGCUGAGUGACUUGGUCUUGCUGCAGCACCCGGAGGUUGGCCUCAGGAACAUUAUUUUAGUCGACUUUUCUAAGACUGCCGACGCGCCCUCGCUGACAGCACUUUCCUCGGCCGCGGCUACGCCUGCCGAGGGCGGAGCAGAGCGUCAAGGUGAGGCGCCGGAAGCUCAGCCCGAGGACAAGCAGGCGCCGGAUUUGAUCACCAACCACAAAUCCCGUGCCAAUGAGCCGAUGUUCGAGGAGACGCGUCUGACGGCAGCUGCAGUCGGAAUUUCGCGAGAGCCAUUUCUUGCUGCAACGGUGGCAGGAAGUAAAGGCUCGGACGCUCUCCGGAUGCCCCAGCGUCCGAGCCUCACCAAGUCGGCAACCAAGGCCACCGACCACGAGCGCCGGCUGGAGCAAGGAAGUGAGGGUGCGAGAAGGGGGGCCGCGGAAGCAGCAGCGGCCAGGGCGACGGAGCCGAUGGUUCGUUUCGCCGCGCCGCUGGCUUCGCAACACGUCGUCUUUCUGCCCGAUUGCGCAGUGGCCAUACGUCUUCCAAGUGGCGUGAUCCGGAGCGUACAUCCGGGGCAACAAGCCUUCGGCACUGCCUCACCGCAAGGCAGAGGGGCGAUCAGGGCCGACCACAGGACUCGGCAGCUUCUGCUGGCCACGGCCCUGGACGAACCCAGCUUCGAGUCCAUCUACAACGCCAUCUUGCAGCCGCCGCCCCGAGUGACCGUCGCUUUGGAGCCCAUUGCGCCGGGAGACGUUCCGAGCCCUGCAAGGGCGACUUCAUCAACACGGGCCGUCUCGUUCGACGACUCGCUCACCACCGUGGUGCCCCUGGAGCCCCCACCGGAGUCGUUCACGUACGACGCCGCCGACGCGACGGCGGAGUCCGAACCGGAGGCGCCUUCGCAGUGGCGCAAGGCGAGGCGCCGCUCUAGCCUCUGCCGCUCCUUGUCGGGCUCGCGUCUGCAGGCGCCGCCGGCGAGCUUCGGAAUCGAAGGUGCCGAAGUCGCGUUCGGCACAUCCCGCAAGGCGAUUAGGUUGGGCGGCUCUGGCCAGCUGGCCCCUGCGCUGCCUCGCCCUGGUGCCGCCAAGGACGCUGGCGCGGAAGGCGCGUUCCCAUCAGGCGGCGGCAGUGGUAGGCGCGACACCCCGACUCCGCUGAUGUCGCCUUUCUAUUCGUUCGAGGACACCGGCUCCGAGCUAUCCUUCCUGCCGGAGUCGAGCAAUUUCGACAGGUCAGGGUCGGCCGCGGCCUCGCAGCGCAGCGACGACCACAAGCAUCGCGACGAAGCCCAUGCCCCGCCGCCUGCAUGAAUUCGCGCCUGUGCGCUGCCAAUCGGCAGGAUAUGUUCUGGCUGCAUUCAAUUACGCGUAGUCAAUAAAUGCUCUGAGAAAAGCGAGUGCUAGCACAACUGGGCAACAGCUGUACGUGUCCAAUGAAGUCGGAGAUCCGUGCCCCUCCAAGUCAGUGCAACCCGUACAUUAUACAAUUUAGAUCUUCACCUAUACGUUCACCUUCUAAUAUAUAGCAAGCUCAUCAGGGGUCAAUUGUUUGUAUUACGUUCUAGUACCUUCGUGGACAUAUAAGACUGGGCUUUUUACAGACAUGCAGCCCAAAUAGCGCAAACCUUUCGUAUGGGCCCGUAUGGUGUCUUUCGACCAUGUGUAGAGAGUAUAUUGUAUUCACUGUCUUAUGAUGCGCUCCUUUGAUGUCGUCUAACCCAAUUCUCAGCGAAACACAUCGGAAGGAAUUAUUUGAUACAAUAAAGCAA